AUGGCGAAGCGUGCCGCGGAGGACGGCGCGUCGGGGCAGGAGCCCAAGGUCGCGCGCACGGAGGGCGACGAUCCGACACGCGAUGCGCAAGGCAGCCGCCUCGCGAAGCGCAAGGUCGCCAUCUUUUUCGGCUACUGCGGCUCGGGCUACUCGGGAUUGCAAAUCAACCCCGGCGUGCCAACGAUUGAGGGCGAUAUCUUUGACGCGUUUUGCCGUGCGGGCGCGGUAAGCGAGGAGAAUGCCGUGAACCCCAACAAAGUGCAGCUGCAGCGCGCUGCGCGCACCGACCGCGGCGUGCACGCAGCCGGCAACCUACUCACCCUCAAGCUCGUGCUCGAGCCGAGCUCGCUGCCGGAGGGGCAGACGCUCACCGAGUAUGUCAAUACGCUCCUUCCGCCGCAGGUGCGCAUCUGGGGCAUGCGGCGCGUGCAGAGCGCGUUCAACGCGCGCACGAGCUGCGACUCGCGCCUGUACGAGUACCUCUUGCCGACCUAUGUGUUUCUGCCGCCCAAGCCCUUUUCCUCUAUGUGGAAGAUGCUGCGCCGGCUGAACGGCGCUGAAGGCGAGAGCGACGUUGCGCCGUGGGACGACCCGGCGGUGCGCGACCUCCCGCUGCUCAACCACCCCUUUUGGAAGGAGCAGGGGUACGAGUCCGACUUCAACGAGGACAUGCACGCGAAGCGCAAGUGGCGCAUCUCGCAGGACGAGCUCGCGCGCGUGCGCGCGGUCUUUGACGCGUACACCGGCUCGCACAACUUCCACAACUAUACCGUCGGCAAAGAGUUUCGCGAUCGCAGCGCGCACCGCGUCAUGAAAAAGCUGAGCAUUUCCGAGCCCAAGAUUAUCAACGAUACCGAGUGGGUCUCGAUCAAGUUCCAUGGGCAGUCGUUUAUGCUGCACCAGAUCCGCAAGAUGAUUGGGCUGCUGGUGCUGAUCGGGCGCACCAACGCCCCGGUCUCGCUCAUCACCCAGUCGUUUGGGCCGGCGCGCAUCCACGUUCCCAAGGCGCCCGGCCUCGGGCUGCUGCUCGUCGAGCCGCACUUUGGGGGGUAUAAUAUCAAGGUUGCGAACAACAACGAGCGCAUCGACCGCAUGAUGGCGCAGCGCACGAGCGCGGGCAAGCCGAUCCCCGAGAGCGUCGAAGGCGGCAAGCGCGAGACGGUCGACUUUCACGAGUUCCAGGAGAAGAUGGACCAGUUCAAGCAGACGCACGUCUACGACGAGAUCCACCGCACCGAGGACGCCACGUCCGAGUUCGCCAAGUGGCUCAACUACCUCGACGUGUUUGUCGGGCCAGAUUUCGAGUUCCUCAAUCCCGAGGGGCAUAUUCCCGAGUGUGCGAUCCUGCGCCUGGGCGAGCAGCGCCGCGCGCCGGGCGGCCAGCCCAAGGCGCAGGACUCCGACUCCGAGACGGAGGUGGGGGCUACCGAUGACCAGGAGCUAGAGGGAUAG